AUGGCUGGGUUCGAGCACCAAACUUGUAAGGGCCUUGAGGAGAAGGGAUUGAGUCAUGGUGUGACUAUUGGUGAUAGUCCUCUUCAAAUUAGUCAUGUUAAGCUUGAUAGUACCAACUACUUGAUUUGGUUCCGCUCCUGUAGUCUUGCUAUCGCUGCUUGUCAUUUGACUGGAUAUAUUGAUGGUACCCUCAAGCAACCCGCUGAUGAUGGUGAUUUGUGUACUCAAUGGAUUUUCGAGAAUGCUUUGGUUAUGACCUGGUUGAUCAAUUCCAUACAGCCUACACUUAGUCAGACUUUCCUUUUGUUGGACACUAUUCAUAAGAUUUGGAUAGUUGUGGCUGUGGCACGGAUGUAUUCUAAAAAAGGUAGUGAUGCACAGGCCUAUGAGUUGCGGAAGAAAGUUUGGGGCUUAGAUCAGAAGGAUCGCUCACUUGUGGUGUAUUAUGCUGAGUUUAGUGGCUUGUGGUAG